AUGGUAAAGCUCUUGUGCGCGCUUAUUGGUGCGGGGGGUAGUAUGUUCUCGGUAAAAAUCGACGCUAGCGACCUGGUAGAUGACCUUAAGAAGGCUAUUAAGGCGGAGAAGGUGAAUGCCUUGAAGAACGUUGAUGCGGACCAGCUGAGUCUUUUCUUGGCAAAGAAAAACGAGGGCCGCGGCGCGUGGCUGACAGAGACAGAGGUGAAGCAUGGUGUGAAAGAUAUCAGUGGUCUUUUUCUGUUGGAACAUGUGGGAGCGCCACUUAGCGUGAUUGGAUUCACGGAAGAAGCUGUACGAUUUCGAUUGACGAAGGAAGAUGUUGCAGCUGGAAAUAUUCCUGUGCACGUGCUGGUGAAAGUGCCUGAACCGAUCGUGUGUGCUGCUUCGCUUACAACGAAUGUGCAGCUUCCCACAGCCAUUGCAUUGAACAAGCCCGAACAAUUUGCUGAGGAAUGCAUUUCACUGGACGACUGGGAAGUCAACGCUGUGCACCGAAUUCCCUCGAUCUGGAAAUUUAUGAGCAGCUUGGGUGGAUGUACCCAAACAGGAAAAAUCUUUUGGCGAAUGGAAGAUAAGCAAAUUAUGUCGCUGCUAUUGGACGGUUGGCUUCAUGAGUCUUCUUGGCUGGCAGACAAGAAGAGUAUCGUAUUAGGCUCGCCGGGUAUUGGCAAGUCAACGCUGUUGUGCGCGGAUUGUCUCGUUUAUUUGGGUUAUGAUGAUGGCAAGGUCGUGCAGUUUGCAGUGGACGAAUGCGAAGACCAGAAUGCGAUCGACAUAUAUAAAAAGCUCGUCCGCCAACAGGGCAUAUCGAACGUAUGGCUGUUGUUGGAUGGAUUUCGGUACCAAGAUAUUCCGGUUAGUUUGACAACGUUCACGAUGUUGGCAACGUCGCAGCAGGUGGAUCUAAAGUCUGAAGAUCAACUCAUUGUGAAACUUAAGUCUACAUCUGGCAAGAAGGGCAAUGUAGCGUAUCUUCAAUUUACUGUCGCGGCACAGCAUGGCAUUGACAGCAACCAGCUGAAAGAAAUGAACAAGAUUUUUUACCCAGAUGAUGUCAAGGAAGCUGGUAAUACCGAGCCACCAAUUUACAUUGCGGUUUGUCCAGAUCUUGAAUCAUGCAAAGCGCUUCGCCUGAAUCCAGCUCCCCAAGUUGUCGCAGCGAAACAAGUUUGCCAAGUAUUUGUGGGUUACUACGCCGAGAAUAAAUAUGGUAUUGCCGCCGAUGGCCCGACGAACGAUAAGAUUGUCAAAUCGUUACUGCCUCAUACGCACAAUCUUCGAAAGCGACAACGCCUAGAGGAAUAG